AUGAAGAAUAUUCACUGGUGUGUGUCGAUAGGCUACGUGGCCAUACCGGUGUCGUCCUUCCUUACUAUGACGAUGGCUCGAGAGUGGAGUGUGCGAGGUGCUGAUCACAUCCCGUCAUGGAUACUCUCGAUGCGAUGGUUCAAGCCUGUCUUUGGGGAUGGCGGCAUAAAUGCCCACCUGCUCAAUGUGAUGCUCUUCGUUACUUUCAGCCUCAGUAUGGCGAUCGGCGGACCAAUUUGGGCGCAGUUGGCUAGAACCCAGCAGCCGCGGAAACUUCUGGCGGCUGGUUUUCUUUUGCAGUUGCCGUUCAUUCUCACAAUAUUGCCGGCCAAGCCUACAGUAGUUAGUUCAUUGGUUCUUGUAUUUUCGAGCGGCCUAGUCUCAUCUUGCGGGCUUCUCUUUGUGGUCAUGAACUUCAUGAUGUCGAUCACUGGAGAUUUGACGCAGGCUGCCCUUCGCAUGGGCAACAUUGAGAUGGCCCGCUACUGUGCCAGCUGGCUUGCGGCUGCAUACGUCUUCCUUGCGUCCCCGUCGUCUAUCGAGGGCACAGAGACCGUAGCGAUGCCCAUCAAGAUCGCGCUGGUCAUGCUGCCGCUCGCCAUGGCGGUGGCCGGGCUGAUGGCUGUGCCGGGCGGCCUCUUGUUGCACGCGCCGGGCCCAUACCGCGACGACAUGUUGCCGGGCUGGGACCUCGGAAAGCUGGGGAACAGGAGAAGACUUUCCUGUGGCUUAGCGUCUCCGACUGUCUUGGCGGCCUCGCAGCGUUCCCGGCCAGCUGCUACCUCAGCUGGUGGCUCGCCAACGGUUGGGAGCAGACGGAGCUGGUGUGGAUCAGCUGCAUAUUUGGCCUCAUGCUGGCCGGCGGAGUCUACGCCUGGGGGCGCUUCCUCGCGACGGCAUUGCAGACUGGGUGCACGCCCCUGA